UCCACGCGAUCACGGGAAGAGAGACGCAGACUCUAAAUAUACCGCAGUAGUUGUCGUCAGGGUCUGUAUUGAAACUACGACCUCCUGUAUACCAGGCGAGGUAGUUAACAUCUCACCACCGUGGUGAUGAUGAUGAGAGAGACACUCACAGACUCCACAUCCACAACGGGCAUCGUCAAGGUCGGGGAACGAACCUGCGAUCUCUUGUAUACCAGGCGAGGGAGUUAACAUUCGGGCAAGCUCCACAUCCUCUCUCUCACAAAAGGAAAUCCGCGUCACCGCCUGCCGCUAGAGGCUCGCAGCGGAGCGAUAAGAAUCAGCAGCGAUCGUUAAACCGAAACUCAAGGACAGGGAAGUCUUCAGACCCGCGCGAACGGGAAGCAAGGAGCUUGGUGGCCUCGGGGGAGUUGUUAAGAGACACACCGAGGCUGUGUCUGUGUGUCUGUGUCUGUCUGAGGCUGCCUCUGUGUCUGUCUGAGGCUGUCUCUGUGUCUGUCUGGACCAGGCUGAUCGUGGUGAAGACGGUGAGUCGUCAUCCAAGUGACACAGCUCUCUCUUCAGUCGGCGCCGCUUAAGCGACCGCCACGGGGAAUGUCCCAGAGCGGCUUGGCGCAACCGACAGCGAAGAAGUCGCAGCGCAGGGGAAGGAAAAUCACUGACGGCGGGCGGAGGGGCCUAAAAAAUGAAUCUUCCAUCGUGUUUCAUCGCCUUUCAAUCGUUCGCGACGCUGAUACUUACCUCUAAAAGUGCGACGAUCAGCAAUGUUCUACGAGAGGUUAUCAAAGACAGAUGUAAUGAAACAACGCACUACUUGUCAAGACGUGGCUUGUGUUGUGAGUUCUGCCAAGCAGGUAGCAGGAAGGUGAUGGAUUGCGAAUCCGACACGAGCGGCACGUUUUGUACGAGUUGCGAGCCGGGAGAAGACUUCACGGACGAACCGAACAGCUCCAACGAGUGCAAGAAGUGCACCGUUUGCAACGUGAAUUUCGAGAAAAUCGUGAGCAGAUGCACCACCAGGCAGGACACUCGCUGUCGCUGUAGAGACGGCUUCCAGAGGGCUGCCCCAUCGGACCCCUGCACGGACGCGAAGGGAGACGCAGACGUUGCUGGCGCUAUCACCGGUGCUGUCAUCGGUGCUGCCAUGCUCGUCAUUCUACUUGUGGUGACCGUGGGCCUCCUUCUCUACAGAAUCUGCCAUAAACGCUUUCCCUGGGAAAGGAGUCGUAGUACAAUUCGGAGGACAUCUUUGAAUACGGAUGAAGAGCUUUUGAAUCUGUUGCGAAAUCAUUCACUGCGCAGUAAUAUCUCCAGUCAUGAUGAAAUGAAUAGAGCAGAGGAAUUCAUCAGUCAAAUGAUCACGGAAUUUGAAGAGGGAAACUGGAAGGACGUCGAGAGGGAGUUGCCGGAGUUGCGAGAGUGGAUCAGCAAAACUCCCUCCCUUUUCCUGCACGAGCUGAAGAUGAGGAAUGUGGUUACGGAAGAGGAGUACUGGAGGGCGUUUACAAUUCCCGACGCCACCAUACGCGCGGACUCAAUCCUGUUUCCCGUCAUGAUACGAGGGGACGUCAAGUUCCGAGAGCUGCUGGAGAUACUCGAACUACAGCGGAGCAGGGAACGCCAUUUCCUGGACAUGCUGAAAACGAGCCAUGUGUGCUCGCCCAAGCUGAACCCCAACUCGGCACAUCGACAUCUUCAAAUUUCUGCCGAUCUCAGCACAGCGACGUGGAACCAGGCGGCUCAGCAUUACUCUGAUCAUGCAGAGAGGUUUGAGUGGUGGCCAAUAGUCCUCUGCUUCGAGACCUUUACGUCGGGUGACCACUACUGGGAAGUGGACGUGAGAGUCUCUAAAAACUGUUCUAUAGGCGUCGCACGUGGGUCGAUUCCUCGGAAUUGUCAAGAAAAGUCUGGCAGGCUUGGCUCUAACGAGUCCUCUUGGGCGUUCAUUCAAUGGGAUUUUAAUUUCAAAGUAGCACAUGACAAACAACGCAAAACCAUUACAGAUGUUCAGCUUUUGGAGAGAGUCGGCGUUCACUUGGACUUCAACGCAGGAAAACUUUCGUUUUACAACGCCAGCACCAUGGAGCUGUUGCACUCAUUCGACGACAUUCCAAGUGGGCCGCUUUGUCCGGCUAUGCAGGUGAAGUCGGGCUCAGUCGCGAUUUACGAAGCUCAAACAUUGAAAAACCUGGCUGUGGAUGAAAGCAGAGAAGACAUUCAGAUUUUUGAUCACUUUGCAAACAGUAGAGAUCAUCACACAAACAACACCGAUGCAGAGAAGGGUGACAGCGAAGAUGCAUUGCUCAGAACGACGACGGAGGAAGCUGCGGUGGCACGAGAGUUGAUCGGUAGGAUCCCUGCAAUGCUACACCACGAGUUGCUCGUCCAGGAUCUCAUCACGCAAUCUGAGCUCUCGGAAGUAUAUUCGAUACCCCGCGCGUCAGCACGAGCUGACUUCAUCAUCAGCCGCCUCAAUCGCAAAAGCAGAAAGAAGCUGCAACUCCAAGAGAUUCUGCGUGAACAUCGUGAAAAGCAAGAGGCAUUCCUGAAAAUGCAGAGCGAGUCGAGCACUUGCUCACCGACUCUGAACCCAAACACGGCACAUCGGAACCUCCAGAUUUCUGCCGACUUUAAAACCGUCAGGACGUCCACACACACUCAACCUUACCCUGACAACUCAGACAGAUUCGACCACUACCGAGUGGUCAUUUGCUCUGAGAAAUUCUCAUCGGGUCGCCACUACUGGGAGGUGGACGUGAGAGGUUCUGAGAAAUUCAACAUCGGUCUAGCGUAUGAUGCGAUACCACGGAAAGGUGACGACGAAGCCUGUAAAAUUGGGUUCAAUGAAGUUUCGUGGUGCCUUAAGAAACGGGGCAACACCUACACGGCGGUACAUAACGAGACAGAAACAAAACUGUCAGUGCGAGAUGCUCCCAAAAGAGUCGGGGUUCACCUGGACUGGGAGGCGGGCGUCUUGUCAUUCUACAGCGCCGACUCCAUGUCGCUGCUGCAUCGAUUUCAAGGAAAAUUUGAUCGAGAGCUGUACCCUGCAAUGGCCGUGCUGUGCGAAAGUCUCGCAAUAUGCCCGUUGCCUUACUUAGACGCUCGUCGUUAGCGAUGAGAGGCUCCUAUCAGAGCGGUCCCCCAUGCGACCCCUGUAUGUAUGUAGAGUAACUCCCUGUACAACCGCGAGGGUUCAGGUUCCUGAAAACCCUCGCGGUUGGUAAAGUUACAGGGGGCCUAUGGGUUCAAGGGGGUUAUGAGAACCACAGACGUGGUCAAACUCGUCAUAGCUUGACUAAGCUGCUGUAGUAAUUCAUAUUCUUAGCUCUUUCGGUAAAGUCACGUUGAAGGGAAACAAUUUUCAAUGGUACAGUAA